AUGGCUACCGUGGAGGGGCGGCCGGCGCAGUACGGCGUCACUCUCCGGCAGCUGCGCGAGCUGAUGGAGACCCGCGGCGCCGAGGGGCUGGGCAAGAUCAACGCGCUCGGCGGCCCGCAGGACCUCUGCAAGAAGCUCUACACAUCGCCCACAGAUGGUCUUAGCGGUUCAAAGGCUGACCUCCAACACAGGCGGGAAGUGUUCGGUUCCAAUUUAAUCCCGCCGAAGCCCCCCAAGACCUUCCUCACUCUGGUCUGGGAGGCGCUGCAAGAUGUUACCCUCAUCAUUUUGGAGGUGGCCGCCGUUGUCUCGUUGGGCUUGAGUUUCUACAAACCGUCCGAAGACGAAAGUGAUAUUGGGCAUAUUGAUGAAGAAGAAGGACACUACCAAUGGAUCGAGGGUCUCGCCAUCCUAAUAUCAGUUAUAGUUGUCGUCAUAGUUACAGCGUUUAAUGAUUAUACAAAAGAGAGACAGUUCAGAGGGCUCCAGUCAAGGAUAGAAGGUGAGCACAAGUUCGCGGUGAUACGAGGCAACGAGGUGAAGCAGGUACCGAUCAGCGACAUAGUCGUCGGCGACAUCUGCCAGAUCAAGUAUGGAGACUUGCUGCCGGCGGACGGUAUCCUGCUGCAGAGCAACGACUUGAAGAUCGACGAGUCAUCGUUAACGGGUGAAUCGGACCAUGUGAAGAAGGGAGAAUCAUUUGAUCCCAUGGUGCUAUCUGGUACUCACGUUAUGGAAGGCUCAGGAAAGAUGCUAGUUACAGCGGUGGGGGUGAACUCUCAGGCUGGUAUUAUAUUCACGCUAUUGGGCGCCGCCGUCGACAAGCAGGAGAAGGAAAUCAAGCAAAUGAAGAAAGAAGCUAAAAAGCAACGCAAAGGGACACAGCGCAAGAGCCUCACAGAUGGUGGUUUAGGUGAUGAGGACGCGUUACCAUCAGCGAAUGCGGGAGCGAACCACGCCCGUGCGGACGACAACCACGUGGCUCCUGCGAGCGACAAACCAGCACCGGAAGCUGCACACAAGAAGGAGAAGUCCGUUCUGCAGGCCAAACUGACCAAGUUGGCUAUACAGAUUGGUUACGCUGGUUCGACUAUAGCCGUGCUGACUGUGAUAAUCCUGAUCAUUCAAUUUUGCGUGCAAACGUUCGUGGUGGAGGGGAAGGAGUGGAAGGCAACGUACAUCAACAACCUGGUUAAGCAUCUGAUCAUCGGUGUGACUGUGCUCGUGGUGGCCGUGCCUGAAGGGUUGCCGCUCGCUGUUACCUUAUCCUUGGCUUAUUCUGUUAAGAAAAUGAUGAAAGACAACAACUUGGUGCGACACUUGGACGCAUGUGAGACCAUGGGUAACGCCACUGCCAUCUGUUCCGAUAAGACUGGUACCCUCACUACGAACCGCAUGACCGUGGUUCAGUCCUACAUCUGCGAGAAACUGUGCAAGGUCACGCCCAACUUCAGGGAUAUCCCCGCGGAGGUCGGCGAGACGAUGGUCGAGGGGAUUUCGGUUAAUAGCGCCUUUACUUCUAGGAUUAUGCCUUCCCAAGACCCAACCGGUCCGCCAAUGCAAGUUGGUAACAAGACGGAGUGCGCGCUACUUGGCUUCGUUGUCGCUCUAGGCCAGAGUUACGAGGGAGUGAGAGAAAGACAUCCGGAGGAAUCGUUCACGAGGGUUUAUACGUUUAACUCGGUGCGCAAGAGCAUGUCCACCGUCAUCCCGCACAAGGGUGGCUAUCGGCUCUACACUAAGGGGGCUUCGGAAAUCGUGUUAAAGAAAUGUGCAUUCAUAUACGGUCACGAGGGUCGUCUAGAGAAGUUCACGAGAGACAUGCAAGAUCGGCUGGUGCGACAAGUCAUCGAACCUAUGGCCUGCGAUGGGCUCAGAACCAUCUCGGUUGCCUACAGAGAUUUUGUGCCGGGAAAAGCGGAGAUCAACCAGGUGCACAUAGACCAAGAACCGAACUGGGACGACGAAGAUAACAUUGUUAACAACUUGACCUGCCUUUGUGUUGUCGGAAUUGAAGAUCCUGUUAGGCCCGAGGUCCCCGAAGCGAUCCGCAAGUGUCAAAAGGCCGGCAUCACCGUGCGCAUGGUGACAGGAGACAACGUCAACACGGCGCGGUCGAUCGCCAUCAAGUGCGGCAUCCUCAAACCCACCGACGACUUCCUCAUCCUGGAGGGCAAGGAGUUCAACAGGAGGGUCAGGGACACGAAUGGAGAGAUCCAGCAACAUCUCUUGGAUAAGGUGUGGCCGAAGCUGCGUGUGUUAGCCCGAUCCUCGCCCACCGACAAGUACACGCUGGUGAAGGGGAUGAUCGAAUCGAAAGCCUUCGACAAGCGUGAGGUCGUUGCGGUCACAGGAGACGGUACCAAUGAUGGACCUGCGCUGAAGAAGGCUGACGUUGGAUUUGCGAUGGGUAUAGCCGGAACGGACGUAGCGAAAGAGGCCUCCGAUAUCAUCCUCACUGACGACAACUUCUCGUCCAUCGUGAAGGCGGUGAUGUGGGGGCGGAACGUGUACGACUCGAUAGCCAAGUUCCUGCAGUUCCAGCUCACCGUCAACGUGGUCGCGGUCAUCGUCGCUUUUAUUGGUGCUUGCGCUAUCCAGGACAGUCCUUUGAAGGCGGUACAAAUGUUAUGGGUCAACCUUAUAAUGGACACGUUAGCUUCACUCGCACUCGCAACAGAGAUGCCGACAGCCGAUCUGCUGCAACGGAAACCCUACGGACGCACCAAGCCGCUCAUCUCCCGCACCAUGAUGAAGAACAUCCUCGGACAGGCCUUCUACCAGCUGUUCAUCAUAUUUUCUUUGCUUUUCGUUGGUGACCGCAUCUUGAACAUCCCGUCGGGUCGAGGCCAAGCGCUCGGCUCGGAACCGACGCAGCACUUCACGAUCAUCUUCAACACCUUCGUCAUGAUGACCCUGUUCAACGAAAUAAACGCGCGCAAAAUCCACGGCCAGAGGAACGUCUUCGAGGGCCUCUUCACGAACCCUAUCUUCUAUUCUAUAUGGAUCGGGACCGCGCUGUCCCAGGUGGUAAUCAUCCAGUUCGGCGGUAUGGCGUUCAGCACAGCUGGCUUAUCGAUAGACCAGUGGCUCUGGUGCUUGUUCUUCGGAGCCGGCACCCUCGUGUGGGGACAGCUCGUCACUACCAUUCCCACGCGCAAGAUUCCUAAGAAACUCUCAUGGGGUCGCGGACAACCCGACCCCGAAACGAUUCAACCAGGUCCGGAUUACGACUCAGACCUGGACAAGAAGCCCCGUGCAGGCCAGAUCCUCUGGAUCCGUGGCCUCACGCGACUGCAGACACAGCUGCGCGUGGUGCGCGCGUUCAAGUCGACGCUCGAGGACCUCGAGGAGCGGUUGUCGGCGCACUCGGCCGCGGGGCUGCGCUCGCGCCUGCGCGCCCCGCCGCAGGACAUCGCCUACAUCGAUGCGGACGACGUCCCCUCCGCGCCCGACCGCACCGAGACCACCAUUUUCUAG